AUGACCGAUGGGAAGAAAGUAGCGCUGGUCUUUGGUGCCAGUGGAAUCUCCGGAUGGGCCGUGACCAAAAAUUUGCUGUCCUAUCCAACUGCUACCACGUUUGAUCGAAUUAUUGGUUUGAUGCAUCGUCCACGGACGAUUGCUGAGAGCGGCCUGCCUCGAGAUCCCCGACUGGAGCUGUACUCAGGAGUGGAUCUCCGUACGGACCUCCAAACUGUGAAGAAGCAGAUGCAGGAGCGGAUUUCAGACCUAGAUCAAGUCACCCACGUCUACUACCUUGCGUACACAAAUGAUACCGCGUACACCGAAAAUGUGAUGGGUAUUAGGGACAUCAAUAAGCAAAUGACGUAUAAUGCUGUCCACGCGAUUGAUACGCUGUGCUCGCAACUUCAAUUCUUAGUUCUGCAGACUGGGACUAAUAACUAUGGGGUUGCGGUGUUCCAGUACAUCGACAAGAUUGAGAUCAACCCUCCUCUAAGGGAAGAUAAUCCCCGAAUUCCUUCGCCUUACGGAGAUGAAAUUUUCUACUACGAUCAAGUGGAUUUGAUAAAGGAGGCUGCCAAGGGCAAAUCAUGGAAGUGGUGUGAGGUUCGACCUGACCAAAUCAUUGGGUUUGUUCCUAAUGUUACUGGCAUGAACUUCGUCGAGCCAUUGGCUCUAUACCUCGCUCUCUACCGAUUCGUCAACGGCCCGGGUGCAAGCGUUGUCUUCCCUGGUACAAAGACCAAUUUCACCUACACCUUCACAGACUCGUCCCAAGAUCUGAUUUCAAAAUCUGAAAUUUAUCUCUCGGUAGUUCAGCCGGAGCAGGCUAAUGGUGAAGCCUUCAAUAUCGCUGACACUGAUGUGCCGGGACCGUGGUCCGUUAAAUGGCCGAUAUUAGCUGAAUACUUCGGUCUCAAGGGAACUGGUCCCGGAGAGAGGGGCUGGGAAAAUCUCGAAGAGUGGUGGAAUGAGCAUCAAGAUGACUACCGGCGGAUGUGUAAAGCCUACGGCCUGGAGCACCGUUUUGUUCCUCCUUCGUCGUGGAUUUUCCUGAAGGCUGGCUUUACUCUUCUUGACCGCGAUCGGGAGAUGUGUCUUGACAAGAUUCGAGGUGUUGGGUUUCAAGAAGAGAUUCCGGUUGGAAAAGGUCAUAUCAUCGCCCUUGAGCGUAUUGCGGAGGCCAAGUUGAUUCCGUCAAGACGUGCGCUAUCCACCUCUAUGUUUUCGCAGCCAAAAUCGUCCAAAAUUAUGGACAAUUAUCCUGUCAUGGAAAAGGCAAGAUUGUGA